AUGGAAUCCGACCAGUGCACCGGUCUUCAGGGUUUCCUGGUGUUCCACAGCUUCGGAGGGGGCACUGGCUCUGGUUUCACCUCCCUGCUGAUGGAGCGUCUGUCCGUCGACUACGGCAAGAAGUCCAAACUGGAGUUCUCCGUCUACCCAGCUCCCCAGCGUCCCUCUUACACAAACCUGAACAGGUUGAUGAGUCAACUUGUGUCCUCCAUCACUGCCUCCCUUCGUUUUGAUGGUGCCCUCAAUGUUGAUCUGACAGAGUUCCAGACCAACUUGGUGCCCUAUCCCCGUAUCCACUUCCCUCUGGCCACCUAUGCCCCUGUUAUUUCUGCAGAGAAAGCUUACCAUGAGCAGCUCUCAGUGGCAGAAAUCACUAAUUCCUGCUUCGAGCCAGCCAAUCAGUUGGUGAAAUGCGACCCACGCCACGGUAAAUACAUGGCCUGCUGCCUUUUGUAUCGUGGUGAUGUCGUUCCCAAAGACGUGAACGCUGCCAUUGCCACCAUCAAAACCAAGCGCUCCAUCCAGUUUGUGGACUGGUGCCCCACUGGUUUCAAGGUGGGCAUCAACUACCAGCCGCCCACUGUAGUUCCUGGUGGAGACCUGGCCAAGGUCCAGAGGGCUGUGUGCAUGCUGAGCAACACCACUGCUAUUGCAGAGGCCUGGGCUCGGCUGGACCACAAGUUUGAUCUGAUGUACGUUAAGCGUGCCUUUGUGCACUGGUAUGUGGGUGAGGGUAUGGAGGAGGGAGAGUUCUCUGAGGCCAGGGAGGACAUGGCCGCUCUGGAGAAAGAUUACGAGGAGGUUGGAGCUGAUAGCCUGGGAGAUGAGGAUGAGGAAGGAGAGGAGUAUUAGAAAGCUUUAUUGAUCUCUGAUCCAUGCUGUUUUAUUAAUGUCAAGAAAAUAAAGUUGUUCAUUGACUGAACCUGAA